CAGCCCCUGAAUGCAGCGUUAGCAGUUUGGUUCGGAUGGUAGUAGCAUCACAUCAGGACAUGAAUGGGUGUGUUUUGGGCCUCCUCAAAGAUUUACCCACCGGGGAACUAAUGCGUAAUAUUUUGGUAACAUUUUGAUUAUUUGGCUGCUAUCAACCUCGAAUAAAACCAAUUAAACCAGUUUUCCUCAAGGCUUCAAAGCUAAUGUAGCUUAGCAUCAUCCCCUCGACUGUAACGUUAUGCUAGCCUAUGGAGAUUAGCUGGUUAGCCGCUAGAAGCUUGAGUUAAUGCUGGGAUAGUUGACCUACAUGGGUAGGAAAGUCAGAUAUUCCAGUUACCAAGAAGUUACACUACGUGUGAGAUAGUUUGUUUCGAUAAAUCAUCUCAAAAUGGACCUUAAUUUUUACUCUGACCUGUCGGACGGCUGUGCUCAAAAUGUUGACCCGGAGUUUUUGGACACUCAAGCCUAUGGUGGAUACUCUGAGGAAAAUAAGUUUCCAGAAGGCGGUGACAGUUAUCUCACCAUUAGUGGAGCAGGCCACCCUUUUUUGUCCGCGGAGCAGACAUUCCAUACUCCCAGUCUUGGGGAUGAGGUUUUUGAGAUCCCCCCUAUCUCCCUUGAUCCAGACCCGACUCUGAGCAUCAGUGAUGAAGUGUCCCAUUUUGAGUUGACGGAUGGAUCAGAGGGCACCGGGGGACCUUCAGGUUCCCGCAGCCUUGUUAGCAACCUGGUGGUGGAGGCCAAUGACCCUUCCUUUGCUUCAACGUUUGUAAACUCGGGGUCUCAGGGACUGGAGCAGCUGAACCUUGGGGCAAUGAGCCAGGCUGGAGGGGGAGCCCUGCUGAGCUCUUCUGCUCUGGAGCUGGGGAAUUCCAGUGGUUCACAUUUCAGCAGUUCGUCCCCCAUGACCAUCGAUGUCCAACUAGGUGACAUCAGUCAUGGUCUUUUGGGAAGCAACCAACUGAGCACUAUUAACCCAUCUGAGCUGGCACUGGGUCUUGGGGGGGAUAACAUUGGGCAUCAUUCAGAGACACCUGAGCAGCCACUGUCAGCAACACCAUCACCAGCAGGCUCCUUGCAGGAUGAGGACAUGGAUGACUUCAAGAGGAGUGUGCUGGUAGACUCCCCGAUGUGUCUCUCCUCCUCCGCCCUCUCCCACAUGUCCUCCCAUCCAGCUCCUACAUCUUUAUCUCCAGCUACGGCCAAAAGGGGUGGAGGGAAGCCAGCCACAUUGGCCUCAGUGACUGGGGCGCUGGGUACUAAAAAAGGAAGGAAGAAGAAAGACCCAAAUGAACCACAGAAGCCCGUUUCAGCGUACGCCCUGUUCUUCAGAGACACCCAGGCAGCCAUUAAGGGCCAGAACCCCAAUGCUUCUUUUGGGGAGGUGUCAAAGAUUGUCGCCUCCAUGUGGGACAGCCUGGCUGAGGAACAGAAACAGGUUUAUAAGAGAAAAACAGAAGCAGCCAAAAAGGAGUAUUUGAAAGCACUGGCAGCAUAUAAAGCCAACCAGCUCACACAGUCUGCCACUGAGGAGAUGGAGACUGCCCCCUCACCACCUUCACCGGUAGUCAAUCUGACACCUGCAGCCCUUCCCUUGGCUGGUCACCAGGCCAUCCGCUCGGUUAACAACAACCUGGAAGAGAACACCAUCACCAACAUUUGUGCCUCCAACAUCAUCCUGGACGUCCCAGAGAUGACCACACGUUCCCGCACGGGAGCAAACAAAGCCUUGGCUCCAGCAACCGCAGCACCCCCGGCCCAGACCAUCACCAAGAUCAUAAUUCCAAAGCACAUGUUGCAGGCAGGGGGCCAGGUGGUGACCGUGUUGCCCGGAGGGGUCCAUGCUCUGCAGCCCACCCUGGUAGUGUCUGGUGCCUCUCGUCAGCCACCACCGCUGCAGCAGAUGCAGAACGCACCACCUCCGCCACGGCUCCAGCAAAUGGCACCAGCACCUCCACCCUUACAGGCCAAGCCCCGCGAGGGGAGCAACACGCCGGGUGUCCCUGUGUCCGUCACGGCUACACCUCCGCCUCCACUCCAGAUAAAAAUAGUUCCUGCAUCUUUGCAGGGCAAAGAGUCCCUGCCAAUUAUCGUCCCUAAUACAGUGGCUGUGUCAUCUUCUGCGACUACAUCUGCCCAGUCUGCACCUGUUGUGUCAGUGCAGGUGGUGAAUUCUACAGACACAUCCGGCAAUACAGAUGAGGAUGUAGUUACAGAAGUGCUGCACUCAGAAGAGGAGGAGAUGGAGGUGAAUGGGUCCAGUGACGCCACAACUAUGAGAAGUGUGUGUGUGAGGACAGGCUGUAACAACCCAGCCGUAGAGAGUGACGACUGGGACAAAGAAUACUGCAGCAACGAAUGUGUGGCCACUCACUGCAGAGAUGUUUUCAAGGCGUGGUGCUCGAUCAGGAAUCAGACCAUGGGAGUGGUGAAAUAAAGAGCAGCUGCUACAGAUCACAUGGGGAUCACAUCUCAGUGGGACAAAUGCAGCACUGGUGCCGCACUGAAAUGUCUAAAGUGCAUUUCACCGCAGUUCUUAAACUGUUGUGUGCAUGUACUGUAGGUGUGACAGUUGCUGUUGAGGACAAUAAACGUGUAGUAUUGCAAAAUGAGGACAGCAGAUCCAUGUUAGUGUUUUUGCCACAGAGACUAUUCUAAUAAAGGUAGGAUAAUAGUGUAGUGUUAUGUUUGACGUUGUAUACAGCUUUUAGUCAGGCAUCAAGGGAAUUCAAGGCAGCUAGAGGAAAGAUCAGUACGAUGAAGUAUAACAGUCGAUCAAGAUAAUGGUAUUCUUUUAGAUUUGUUUCUACUAAAGCCCACACAGGUCAGUUUAUACUUGUUUACUGUAAACUGUUGGAAACGCUCCAACAAAGAACAUUUCAGCCUUCUUACAGCAGUUUGAGACAUGAUUGCACGCUGCUCAUGGAUUUGAACUUUGUGCCAUGAAGUGUUUGUGUUUCAUGUCUCAAAGCUAAUGAAACAUUUCCAAUUCUUUUACUACAAACUAAGGCUAAAAUAUACCUCAGUUUGAGUGGACCAGCAGUUUGUAUCACUGUAUACCUUGUUAUUGUACGGAAAAUAGUGGCCUUUCUAGGUUUGAUAUUGCCUUCAUGUUUUUGUAUCACAUUCUGUUGAGUUCAUUGUUGUUAAAAAAGGCUUGACUCAUGUUUUCUUAAUAAAUGAGCAACUUUGCUACA